AUGGCUGACGACUCACCCAUACCUGAUGAAAAGACCUUACGAGAAACGAUCCAGAUCUUAGCGGAAAUAGACCGGCUGAAGCAAGUUCAACAAGCAGAAGGACAUCCACCAAGUAGUACAUCAGAACAAGAGCAGCAUGAGCAACCUCCCAGUCAACCUAGCAACUAUCGUCUCC